GGGCGGAGCUGAGGUGCGGGUGCUUCGGAGCGGGGCUGGUGGCGGCUGCGCUGAGGGGACGGUGACCAUGGCGGAUCCUGAAGCGGGGGUCGUGCCCAAGCCCCGGCGGGUGCAAGAUGACUCCAGUGGUGGCCUUGGGCUGUGUGGAUGGAUCCUGGUGAUCGCUUCCCUCUUCUUCACUGUUAUCACAUUUCCUGUAUCCAUCUGGUUGUGCAUAAAGAUUAUAAAGGAGUACGAGCGAGCCAUCAUAUUCAGACUUGGACGCAUCCUGAAAGGGGGAGCAAAGGGACCAGGUUUGUUUUUUGUCCUGCCCUGCACAGACAACUUCAUCAAAGUUGAUAUGAGGACCAUCUCUUUCGAUAUUCCUCCCCAGGAGAUCUUGACCAAGGACUCUGUGACAGUGAAUGUGGAUGGAGUGGUUUAUUACAGAGUUCAGAACGCCACCCUCGCCGUGGCAAACAUCACAAACGCUGACUCAGCCACACGUCUUUUAGCACAGACGACUCUGAGGAAUGUUCUGGGGACCAAAAACCUCUCCCAGAUUCUGUCUGAUCGUGAAGAGAUCGCACACAGCAUGCAGGCCACACUUGAUGAGGCAACAGAUGACUGGGGCAUUAAGGUGGAACGUGUGGAGAUCAAGGAUGUGAAAUUACCUAUCCAGCUGCAGAGAGCAAUGGCUGCAGAAGCUGAAGCUGCCCGAGAGGCCAGAGCCAAGGUCAUUGCAGCUGAGGGGGAAAUGAAUGCUUCCAGGGCCCUGAAAGAGGCAUCCAUGGUUAUCACAGAGUCUCCAGCUGCUCUUCAGCUUCGUUACUUGCAGACCUUGACCACCAUUGCUGCAGAAAAGAACUCCACCAUCGUCUUCCCAUUGCCCAUAAACAUGCUGCAGGGCCUCAUAGGUGCCAAUCGCUAGGUAGGGUGGGAGAGGUAGAGUGGGCUUUUUGCUACAGUAUAUGUUUGCAGC